AUGGCCAAGUGGCGGGCGGGCGAGCCGAAGUGUUUGAGAGGCGUCCCGAAGCAGAGGCUGUGCGCGCUCUCCACCAUUCUUUUCAAGCUCAUGUUCCUCGUCUCCAUCAUGGUCUACUGGAUGGCAGAAUCCAAAUACAAGGACCGGUCGCCCAACUUGCCUCGAGAGGUCAAGUGCCCUCCGGCCUUUCCUUCGGGCUCUCGUCCCGUCCUGGGCGAGCCUCCUGGCCCCCCGGGGGACAUCUUCUUUGUGGAAACUUCCGAUUACACCAAUCCAAGCUUUCUCUUCACGUGCUCGGUGGAGUCGGCCUCCAGGACUCACCCGGGGACCAGGAUUGUCAUCCUCAUGAAGGGCCUGGUAGGGAGGAACUCCACCCUGCCCAGGCACCUGGGCAUCUCUCUGCUGAGCUGCUUCUCCAACGUGGAAUUCCAGCCCCUGGACCUGCCUGGCCUUUUUGAGGGCACCCCCUUGGCCAGCUGGUACACCUCCAUCAACCUACUCUGGCAGCCCUACCUUCUCCCUGUCCUUUCCGAUGCCGCCCGGAUAGCCAUCAUGUGGAAGUUUGGGGGGAUCUAUCUGGACACGGACUUCAUCGUCCUUAAAAACCUGAAGAACCUCUCCAACGUCCUGGGCACCCAGUCCAAGCAUGUGCUCAAUGGGGCCUUCCUGGCCUUCGAGCCCAGGCACGAGUUUAUCAAACUAUGCAUGCAGGAUUUUGUGGAUCAUUACAACGGCUGGAUCUGGGGCCACCAAGGCCCCCAGCUCUUGACCAGAGUCUUCAAAAGGUGGUGUGGCAGUAAGAGCCUGCAGGAUCGCCAGAGCUGCCGGGGCGUCCGCGCCCUGCCCCAGGAAGCUUUCUACCCCAUCACGUGGCAGGACUGGAAAAAGUACUUCGAGGACAUCAGCCUCUCCGAGUUCCACAGGCUGCUGAGGAAGACCUACGCCGUCCACGUGUGGAACAAGAAGAGCCAGGGGGUCAGCUUCGAGGUCACGUCCAGGGUGCUGCUGGCACAGCUCUACUCCCGCUACUGCCCUCUGACGUCCGAGGCCAUGAAAAUGUACCUGUGAAGAGCUCGGCUGGACUCCGGCUUCCCGCACUGGCUCCACGCUCUCCGCCAUCUUUACAGAAAGGAGCAUCCACCAUGGAAGGUCCAUU